AAUAUCCCUCACUAAAUCCGAUCUUACUCCUCCUGAUCGUAGCAAUUGCAGGACACCGUGCGGUUUGUGUAUAAUGUGUUAGUCUUGCCCGCACUGCAUUGCGUUCCGAUCCGGCGUUUAGGACCUAGUAGAUUCUGGAUUUCUCCAUUCUGGGGGCUGCAGGACUGGAUGGAGAGCGCAGUUGGCAGAUGAAAAUAGGACGUGUCGAAUCCGGCAGACCGGCAGCAAAAUCAUCUUUUUUUUUUUUUUUUUUUUAAUCCCCAUCUGGAUAGCCUCUGUUUCUGAAUGCUGGAGGAAAGACUGAAGCUGGAGGAUUGCACUUGCCAGCAAGCUACGAGCUGCCACUGUAGAACAGACCCCCGAAGCUGGGCGUUUUAUAAUUGCAUUACAUUUUCCUACUAAAUUAUUGACUGCAGCUAGUAAAGAUCACAUGCACUGCUGCCACUGAGGAUUUGCAUUACUUUGAAAGAUAAUUUAGAACAAGGAGCAGAAUGAAACACUGAAGCUUCUGGUUAUCUAAAAUCUAUCUUGAAUGUGACUGUUACGAAUUGCAGUUUGGUUACUGAUUUGAGGUCCCAGUUGUCAGGGACUGGAGAAAAUAAUGAGGACUCGAAGGCCAAAAUUCAGCUGUAAUUGUAGCAGCAGGAUCUAUUUUUAAAUGUUUUAAAGGAAGAAUUCAUCAGACUGUAGCAGCCCAGAGGAGGUGUUUACGUUCACACAUGCCAUUGGGUUCCAUUUUAUUUAGCUCUUCUUAUUGAAACCAUACAGGGAUCUCUCCGUCCAGAGCCCUGAAGAGCUUCCAGAAUAGACCGAAAUAAACAACGAAAGAAUCUCACGGCACUUUCUAGUGCUUUAUUAUAUCCGAAGAGGGAGCUGCACAUUGUUGCACAUAUGAUUCAACAUACAGUACCUUUCUAGACUUUUAAAAAUAUAUAUUUUCAACAUUUAAAUUGCCCAAAUAUUUCCAAAGACAGUUCUGCCAUUUGUCAAAACCUUAAAUACAGAUACAGGCUGGUGUUCAUAGUGAACUUGCUGGAAAGUGGAAGGAGGGCAAGAAAAAUGCCAGCAAACUGAAUCUAGUGGCUAAACGUGCUUGACCAAAGGGCUGGGAGUGCUCACUGAUAGACAGUUCCUGCCCUCCUGAAGAAGGGGUUUGUAUUGGGACAAGCUGAGCUGCCUCUUCUGAAGUCUCAACCAGCCAACCGGGAGCAGAGAAGCUGAAAACGAAAGAGCAAAAGCAGGCAUGUGUGCUGCAGUGCAGGAGAGGUAAACCUCCAGCCCUCGUGCAGUAGGCAACACGGGACAAUUGACUGGCAAAAUGGGCGGGCAGAGGAUGGCGAUUUUUGGGGCUGUGUUCCUGGUGAUGACCCUGCUCAUCCUGUAUGGCUCCAACAGCAGCAACGACUACCACAACACCCCUCUGAGGACCAGUCUGCAUUUUCGCACCUUGCCCAGCCUAAAGAAGUGGGAGGUCAAGGACGGCUUCCUCCCUGUGUAUGGGAACAAGACUAUGAACCUCCACUGUAACCAGUGCGCCCUGGUGACCAGUUCGAGUCACAUCCUGGGCAGCAACAUGGGAGCCAAGAUUGACCAAUCGGAGUGCGUUAUACGCAUGAAUGACGCGCCCACGGCUGGCUACGAGAAAGAUGCAGGGAACCGGACCACGGUCCGCGUGGUGGCACACUCUAGCGUGUACAGGGUGAUCCGCCGGCCACAGGAGUUCCUCAAUAAGACCCCCGACCCUGUGAUCAUCUUCUGGGGGCCCCCCAGCAAGAUCAGCAAGGACUCCAAGGGCACGCUCUUCAGGCUCAUCCAGCGAGUCAGCAUGACCUUCAUCAACCUCUCCACCUUCACCAUCGCCCCCAAGUGGAUGCGUCAAUUCGACGAUCUCUUCCACAAGGAGACCGGCCGGGACAGGGCGAGGUCUCACUCCUGGCUGAGCACAGGGUGGUUUACCAUGGUGAUCGCUAUUGAGAUGUGCGACAGCAUUCAUGUAUAUGGGAUGGUGCCACCUUACUACUGCGGCAAGAGAUCCCAGCCCAGGAAACUGCCUUACCACUACUAUGAACCCAAGGGACCUGAUGAAUGUGCUACCUUCAUCCAGAACGAGAGAGGACAGAGGGGAAAUCACCACCGCUUCAUCACAGAGAAGCAGGUGUUUGCACGCUGGGCCAAGCUCUACAACAUCACCUUCUCCAACCCACAGUGGUGACAAGCUGUGCAGCUCUAGCCCAUAUCACACAGAGGGGUGAACUAAGUGGACUUUACAUGGACUUAACAUGGAAGUGUAUGGAGAUCAGGGGGCAGGACUGUCCAUGUUUGAGAAUGAAUGCUCUGGUAGAUGUACACUGCCUUUCUGAAAGGCACCUUAUCCAACAACCAGCUCUGCUCAGACCUUACCAGUGGUGUCUCCGGUACUCUUAAUUCACUGACAGUAGAUGAGCGAUAGGAAUUAAACGACAGGGAGAGAAAUGCUCGGUAGAAGUAAUGGUUAUUCGUUGAUACCUUGAGCAACUCUUUAUUGAUCCUAGCUGGUAACUGAAGAAUACAGUUAAAUUAGUUCCUAGUCCCUAGCCUUUUACUAGACCAGGGCUUCCCAGAUCGGAUACUUUUAUGGAAAAUACCUGUGCAGUCAAACAGAACUCACAAGCAUGUCUGCGCAAUCAAAUGGCCUAAUGAAAUUUGUUCUUCUUGCUUAUUUAUGGGUACAAUGCUUUCGAGGUCAGACUCCAAAGCAUUCCCUCAAAUUCACUCCUGUUUGAAUAGGUAGUUUACAAAAUGAGAAACAAGUGAUAUGAUUUGUAGUGAUUUGUUUUUGUUCUAGUUUUGUAAAAUGAACAGGCGUUUUACCUCUUUCUAAAAAUAGCAGUUCAUUAAAGACUGGAACACUUUUUCAAAAGAGCCUGUUGCGUUUGAACUAAAUGGCCAUGUCUUCUCUGCCAUUUAAAACCAGUAAAGGAUGUCUGUGCAUUGUAGUCCGUACCUUUUGUAAAACACAAUGAAACUGAUUUGUCAGGGAAAAUCUUCCAUGUUUGUAACUGGGACCAGAACCUUUUGAACUUUUUAAUUCGUCAGGAUUUUCAAGAUUAUUGCUCAGUAUGUGUUUUCUUUUUUUAACGGGACAGUAUUUUUUUUUUAUUUU